UUUAAAACUUACUUUCCAGGAAAGAAAAUUCCCCAAAUUUAUAGCAAAAGAAAUGGAGACGAUGUACAUAGAGGAGCUGCGGUCUUCGGUGAAUUUGCUAAUGGCCAAUUUGGAAAGCCUUCCAGUUUCGAAAGGUGGUCCAGAGUUUAAACUACAAAAAUUAAAACGGUCGCAGAAUUCUGCAUUCCUGGACAUAGGCGAUGAGAAUGAGAUCCAGCUGUCCAAGUCUGACGUGGUGCUGUCCUUCACCCUGGAGAUUGUCAUAAUGGAAGUGGAAGGUUUGAAGUCCGUCGCUCCCAAUCGAAUUGUUUACUGCACAAUGGAAGUGGAAGGAGGAGAGAAACUGCAGACAGACCAGGCAGAAGCCUCCAGACCACAAUGGGGAACUCAAGGAGAUUUCACCACUACACACCCUCGGCCUGUGGUUAAAGUAAAACUCUUCACAGAAAGUACCGGCGUCCUGGCCCUCGAGGACAAGGAACUGGGAAGGGUGAUAUUAUAUCCAACUUCUAAUAGCUCCAAAUCGGCUGACUUUCACCGAAUGAUAGUUCCAAAAAACAGCCAGGAUUCUGACUUAAAAAUCAAAUUGGCAGUGCGAAUGGAUAAACCGCCACAUAUGAAACACAGUGGGCACAAAAAAAUUCAUGAAAAGAUUCUCCUCAACAACUAACAAAGAAGAAGGAGG